AUGUCCCACAAGUUCCUCCUCUGCGUCAGCUCCUCUCAAACACACUGGGCCUCUCCCUGUCUCUCCUCCUCCUUUCUCUCCCCAACACAGACUCUCCUCCCCCUCAAACCCUCUCCCGUUCCCCCAGCACACCCUCGCCUCACCCACUCCUCCCCCGCGUGCCUCACCAAGCGCCCGCAGCCUGAACCCGCCCCCCGCGAGCUGGACCUGCUCCGUUAUGACAUGAAGGAGCUGUUCCAUGGCCCCAAACCAGCUCUGUACCUGGGCUUCUCUGGGCUCCUGCCGUUCGUCUGCCCCUCCCUCUUCAUGGCGGCGACCGAAAUCUACAUCCCAGAGGUCGCCUUUGCCCAAGUCGCUUACGGAGCCUCCAUCUUGUCGUUUCUUGGUGGCGUGCGCUGGGGGUUUGCUCUCCCUCCCGGCAGCCCGGAGAAACCGGACUGGUUGAACCUGGGGAACAGUGUGGUGCCGUCGCUGCUGGCUUGGGUGUCUCUGCUGCUGGUCCAGACCAUCGUCCCCGCAGCAAUCAUGGUGAUCAUGGGGCUGGGCGUGGCGCUGCACUACGACCUGGCGUUGUUGCCCACGUACCCUCGCUGGUUCAAAGCUAUGCGCGCCGUGCUCACCAUCGUCGCCACGGCGUCUCUGGGAGCAACUCUGCUGGUGUACGGGGCCUUCCCGGAGAAACGGCUCAAUGAUUUCUUUUUGAACAAUUGA